AUGGCGGGUGCUGAUGGAAGAGGAAGCACUUCCUUGAUGCCCGUGAUGGAUGAUCCUUUCAUCACCAGACCCGACGGGGAACAGGCUCCCCGUGAGUCGCAUCGAUAUUCCUCCUUCGAUACCCAGCUUUUCAGUCUGGAUGCAUCAUCCCCGGCGCAAGCCAAACGAGCCCUUGAGGCCCAUCUAGCCGAGACGGAGCGCAGGCUUGAGGAGGCGUCGAAGUUGGGAACCGCGCUCAUUGAACAGCAGAAGGAAUUAGAGGAAAAGCUCAAGGAGGUCGAGCAGCAUCGUGAUGAAGGCCAGAUUGGGCCUGGCUUGCGCCGUAAACUCGCCGACUUAGAGCGCGAGUACAAUGAAAUCGGCCGUGAGACCGCUCGCGCGUUCCUCGCACCUAAGCGCCUAGCUAGCGGCGAUGAUGCUCACUUGGCAACUCCGUCGUUUGACCAAAAGUCGCCACUCAGCCCAGCACUGUUCGCCGGGCAAGCCACAAAUUCUCCGAGUAAAGUAAGCGUGCCGUCGCGGAAGCAGCGCAACCAACCGUCAACCCGAGUGCAUGACAUCGAAUUUGCUACCGAAAUUUCCACCUCUUUACUUGCCCAAGUGCGCCAAUUGCAGUCGCUUCUGGUGGAGCGCGAGGAGACCUUGAAGACCGUGAACCUGGAAAAGUCCAGGCUCGAACUCGAGGCAGAAGGAUAUGCCCAACGGAUACGUGCCUUGGACGAGAGCGAGGAGCGCUACAAGGACGAGAACUGGGCUCUGGAAACGAAAACCCACGAGUUAAUGGCCAUGAUGAAGGAUGCUGCAGACCGCGAAAGUAAACUCAACAGCAGCCUCGGCGCAGUCACCGCUGAGAAAGGGGCCAUGGAACGGGAGCUGGAGGAUUUGAAACAAACGAACGCAAAACUCAUUGAAGACCACCUGGCGGCUCAGAAGGCUAAUGACUCUGAGAUUCACCUCCUCCGUAGGAACCUCACUGCUGGUGACACCGAGAAGCUUGCACUCCACAAGAAGCUAGAGGAGCUGAACUCGCAGAAUCAGGAGCUGGCGAAAGUCGUUGCGAUGCGCCUUCGUCAGCACGAGAAUGAACUCGCCCGUGAAACCUCCCGCGAUGGCGAUUCAGACGACCAAGACCAAGCAACGCCAGAAAAUUCGCCCCCGCCAUCGCCGAGCAAAUUCACCCCGCGCCAUAACCACCUGGAGACCGAAACCCUGCGAAGUUCAUUGGGUCAUGCGCAUCGUAUGAUUCAAAACCUCCGAAGCACUGUUCAUCGCGAGAAGACCGAGAAGAUCGAGCUAAAGCGCGUGCUGCAAGAGGCUCGUGACGAGAUUGAACAACGCCGUCGUGAAGCAGCGGCUCCCGCUGGUCCAUCGAAUAAGCGACUCAAAACCAAGUCCGACUCGAUGCGCAAACUGGCGCGUCCCGACUUAUUGGGUGCUGGACGAAAGAAGGCAGAAGUCGAAAUCCACGACUCAGACUGGGAAGACAACGCGGCCGAUGCCAGCCCACCUCACCAAGUUUCCCUCCCCCCCCGGCAUUUCAUGGAAGAUCAGUCCAUCGAUGAGCGAAGUGACAUUUACCAGACCGCGACGGAGGCUGAUGAUUCAUUCGAGACGGCUAACGAGCGCGAUACCGCAACCGAAAGCGAAGCCUUCCAGACCGGUGUUGAAAGCAUGGCUGGCGACAGUACCGACAGUGAUGAACUGACCGAGACCGAAGAUCGCGUCCACAGGACUCCUCGCGAACGAGUAUCUUCCCUGACGCUCGCCAAGGCUCGUGAUCGCACGUCUUACUACAGCACGGCAUCUACCUCUGCUGAUGAGGACGAGAGCGAGGACCCGGGCACACCUUCCGGUAGUCAGGUUUCCACUCCUCGCUACCGUCUGCGGAAGAAGAAGAGCGUCCUUCGACGGAUUCGCCCUUCGGGUGAGGCGCCUAUGGCGUUCGGUAGCCGACCACCAAGUGCAAGAGAAUCCCCUGCGGCCAGCUUCUCGCAGGGAUCAAUGGCCCAGGAAGGACAGAGUCUUUUUGCAGAACUUGCGGAACUUGAUGGUGAUGAGGAUGAGGAUGAGGAUGGAAGUUUCGGACCGCCAAUGCCGUUCGACGCAGGAUCCCGGGGUUCGACCCCGUGCAUGCUGCCCGAGACUGUUUCAAGGAGACCCUCUGAGAUCACCCUGGAUCCAGUGCCCAGACCUACUAUGGUUGACUCUGGUGUCAUGACUGAUCCAUGGGAGCCCAUCACGCCUGUGGUGGUGGCCCCAGCUCUGAGCGAGGAGACUAUGAGCAUUGCUCCUUCCACGCCUAAGAAGGUAUUAGUGUCCGAUGCCGGUACUGGGAUGGCUAUAGAGGAGUCUCCUAGGCUGGUCAGCUCUGCAACUCAGUGGACCCCGAUGAAAGCAUCUGUUGACCUCAAUGGUGAUCAAGGGUCAAGUGUACCUACCCCGCCGAAGAUGGUAUGGGAUGCGUAUGCGGUAGAUGAGCAACUACGGGAGGCUGAGAGUCCUGAAUCAACCAUGCAGUUGGAUGUCUCCUCGAUCUCCUCGCAGGAAACCGAACCGGUGGCGCCCAAACUACCGGAGCUGAGUACAUCUUACUUCGUGGGCAAUACCACCGAGCCGGUCGCAUAUCCCGCUCCUGUUCCCCCCCAAGUUGCCGUGUCUUCAAUCUCAUCGCAAUCAAGUGAGCCCUCGGAGCCUGUUGUAUAUCCUGCACCUGUUCCUCCCGAAGUUGGCUUGUCUACAAUCAUAUCGCACUCGAGUGAACCUUCAGCGCCAGUUGUAUAUCCUGUACCUGUUCCUCCCGAAGUUGGCUUGUCUUCAAUCAUCUCGCACUUGAGUGAACCCUCCGAACCGGUUGCACAUCCCGCUCCUGUUCCUCCCGAAGUUGCCCUGUCUUCAAUCUCAUGGCAAUCAAGUGAACCUACGGAGGCAGUCAUGCCUGUGCUACCUGAACCCGAACCGGUGUAUAUUCCGGAUAUGGCUCUCUCUCACAUAUUCUCUGAGGGUACCUUGCCGGUCAAGGCCACACUUCCUGAACCUACUCCGGAACCCAUAUUGUCGUUUGCCGAGCAAGGCACCAGUACUGAUAUGGUAGAGUUCUCGGUUUCAACCAUCUUCUCGGAGCAGACCGAACCUAUUAUCCCUGCCCCUGCGCCCGAGCCACUCUUGGUCGCGAGUGCCGAGCAGCCAGGCCCACAGCGUCAGCCUGAGUCCGAGCCAGAGCCAGUACUUCCUGAGUUAACGAUAUCCUUUAUUCCCCCACAGUCCACCGAACCAGCUGCCCCAACGCCGCAAGAAAUCAUCAUUCCUCCACUACCGCAAAUCUUAUUGUCUACUGUUUCUUCCGUAGAGACAUCGCCUGUGGAUUUCGCUCCAGCCGUGGCAUUUAUUCCUCCCUCCCCCUUCGUUGAUGAGAACUAUCACCCAAGCGAGCAGGCCGUCCAGACCAAGCAAAUUAUGGACGCCCCACCAGUUGUUGUUGUUGUUGCUGAAGAUGCUACAAAUGAAGAUCCCGCCAACGAUGCGGUUAACCAGCACACUGGUGUAACGAUGCCUCUAGGCGCUAUUUCUGGCAAUGCGGCUCCCCGUUAUGCAAUGACGUCCUCGUCCAAUCAGGCGGACCAAGGAGCUCAGACCAUUUUGUCAUCCAAACAAAUCGACCAACUCCUUAUGGAGCGUGUUUCUUCUAGGCCAUUGUCGCCUCCUGAUAGUGAUAGGGCCAAGGAACUGAGCAACUCUCCUUUCGCUACCCCCAAAGCACGACCUCGUCCGACUCAUCAAUCUUCAACCGUCUCCCUCCAAUCUAUCCCCAAACGGCCCGGAAGUGCUGCCAGCCAUACAUCGAGUAUCUAUAGUCACCCACCAUUACCCGCCGAUCAUAAGGAGGCUAUCAUGGCCGCCGAGAAGAGAUCCCUGGAGCAACGUCCCGUAUCUGCUGGUUUGAUGGGGCCACCACUCGCGCCCGCUUCUGCCUAUAAGACGAACACAACUCCUCGUCCCCGGACGCCGAACGAUACGGGUCUUCAAGUUGGAUCUGCGCAGACAACUGCUUCUCGCGUUAGCAUUAGACGCGAGAGCCAGAUGUCGCGAAGAUCAUCGGUAUCCUCGUUCGCAUCCGAGCUUGAGGAGCGGUUUAAUAUGCAACCUAGCCCGGCUUUCGCGCCUCAAGGCUACGGCAUGGGCACUGAUCCUCGAAUGAUUCAAGCAAUAACUCAGACCAUGAUCGGCGAGUUCCUCUGGAAGUACACCCGCAGGACCGUUUCUGGCGAAAUCUCGAACACCAGACAUCGUCGUUACUUCUGGGUUCAUCCAUACACGCGCACAUUGUAUUGGAGCGAGCAGGAUCCUCAGACAGCCGGAAAGAGCCAGCUUCGAACAAAAAGCGUUUCUAUUGAAGCGGUAAGAGUUGUUGCUGAUGAUAACCCUUACCCACCCGGUCUUCACUGCAAGAGUUUGGAGGUUGUCAGCCCUGGUCGCAAAAUCAGAUUCACGGCUACCACGAGCCAGAGACAUGAGACAUGGUUCAAUGCACUUUCUUAUUUGUUAGUACGAAGCGGGCCGGACGAUGACGAUCAAGAUAAUAGCGUGACCCUGGAGGACAUAGAUGAGUUCAACCCUGGGUUUCGCUCCCGCUCGCGACAGACAACACGCGUCUCAAUUUCCUCGUCCCAGAGCCGCCCCAGACAAAAUACCUCGAAGCAGCGCUCAGCAUCAGCCAUGUCUGUCCGUCCCAGCGUGACACCUGGCCGUGUAUCACCGGCUCUUAGUACGCCGUCACAUUACUCCGGCCAGGCUAGGCAGAGCUCCACCACGCGACUUAGUACGAUUCUCAACACAACCAUUAAAGGCUCCUUUGGACGCAAAGGCCCAGGGUAUGCUACAUCCAGCGUGAACGAGGGUAGUAUCCACCACCAGGACAGCGAAGAAGAUCUUCGCCCAAUGGAAAUUGACCCUGACCGGUUAGAGAAUGUUCGGGCUUGCUGUGAUGGUAAGCACGAUGUGAGCUCACUGUCCAGGACGAGUCGAUAUAGUCCUCGGGCCAAUCGGAUGCACUCUCAUCACUAA